UGAUCGUAUUAUUAGGUGUGACAGGUCAACAACAAUAUGGUGGCUUGGGUCGUGCAAGUACGCAAGCAGCCUCUGUGGGAUGCUGCAAACACUGCCGUUGCCACGAUUUUUCGAUAAAGCUUGAAAAUUAUGUAUCAAUGGCCCCAUAUAGUGAAAUGUUAGUAGCAAAAUCAUUUAGCGGAAUAUGAUGCCCAGGACAUGGCUGUGUAAAAAGUACAAUGCCAUGCUAAAGAGCGCGCCUCAAAAGAAGGUCGUUUUUUGUUCUGCUCUGGGUGACCCUGCCAUGUGACGGUUUAUGGAAGUAGCUGCCGACGAAAUCAACUUGAGUCCGGCAGUAGACUUAGCUCUGAACCUGCCAACUAUAACAAUGUCUCAGUUUUGUGCUUAUGGUCAGGGUGUCUCGCCAGCUUUAUUACGAUUAGAAUAAGAACGAAAGUGUUUUUGUUAUAAAAAUGCCAUGAAAGUCUGCGGAGAAGCCUAUUAUACAUAAAACAAGCAAUGUGAAGAAGACAACGCUCUUCUAUUUCGAACAUUCGACGAUGAAGAUAUAUGUGUGUGUCUGUUAACUGGUGAACAAGACAAAUAUAAAGCUGUAAUCUAAACCGCCUUGGAUCUAUUUGAACGUCGGUGGUCUGAUACCUUACGCUUUUAGUUCAGCUCAUGGUUCAGCUAUGAUUGUAAUCGUUGUAUUUACAACCGUGUGUAUAUACAUGCAUAUAUACAAUAAUAUUUUGAUGUUGUAGCCUGUCCAACUGUGCAUUCUGAAGCCGCAUAAAUAAAGCCGCCGAUCUUCAAGGGACUCAUAGACGAAGUUAGUCAGACCAUUAUGCAUCUCCUAUUAACCUUCGAAAGUUCGUAUACCAGCAAACGUCUUCAAUCAAGCACUAUGGCUGACAUGUUCAAAAGCAAAGAUAGUCAUGGAUAAGUAUGCGUCAUAGACCACUUGAAAUCUUACAACUAUUAAUAGUGUUUACACUGAUGAUGGUUUUUAAUAGAAAAAAAUAGUGUUCGAACAAACUGAGCCACCGGCUGCCUAACCUUAUACCACGACCGAUUGCCGGGCAUUUGGCUACCUUCUCGCAGCCAAACAGGGCAGCAGACCAUAAACCGGUUGUUUUUUCGACAAAGCAAUCCCUAGUGCAUCAUAAAGUGGGAUAAAACCCUAAACGAAACAGACGAAAACUAGAUACAGGCGGGAGAGAGGGAUAGAGAGAAGGAGAGGAAGUAAAUAACAAGGGUUCAUGUACAUUUAUAUAAAACCUUAUUAGAUUCAUUAUGAUUGGCGCAACAGGCAGUCGACACAUCGUUCGGCGUCGAGCCUCGUCACCUUGUGUGACGCCCUUAUCAAGUGAUAAGUGUAGGCGAAAUAGCCUAGCUCCACCUCAAGAGGUUAACGAAAAUUGUAGUCAAGAUGGAGACCCACACGGUCGUACUCAAGAUCCGCUGCAUGAUUAUAUUACCCCAACAGAAGCUAGAGAAGCAGGGCCAUCGAAAGAUCGAAACAAGCCGGAUAACCAACGUCCAGCAAUGUUGAGCUCACAACAGGGUUACGCCCCUGAUUCACCUGGCAAAGUAAGCGACGAAGACAGCGGUUCUACCGGCAGCGGUAUUUCGGGAAGCCCCGAUCCACUGGAAACACCAAUUCGACGUACGCCAGUAGGCUUAAGAAGAACUACCCCUCCAACACGUCUUUCGGUGCCCGAUCUGCCACCGAGAACGACGAUGAGCCGGCGACGAGCCGUCAACACUCUGGACCACAAAACAUGUGCACUGCUACACUCGCGUUUAAAGGGAAUCAACAUGGGCGAUGUUGCAUUAUCAGCACUCUCGGCAGAAGCGAUAAGCGGCGCUGGAGAGCGGCACAGCCGAUACGCUGCGCGAUCUUCCGAAUCGUCUGCUAGCUUCGGAACGGUCGGUGUAAGUCAGUUCGGUAUGGCGCGCAGCCGUAAGGGGGGCUACCAGGAACCGGGACAGCGCGGCCCGUCCGCGCUGUUCUUGCUCUCGGAGGACAAUCCCCUGCGACGGUAUACCCGCUUUAUCAUCGAAUGGCCGCCCUUCGAAUACGCUGUGCUGUUGACUAUUAUUGCUAAUUGUGUAGUUCUCGCCCUCGAAGAACAUCUGCCUAAGGGAGACCGAACGCCACUUGCUCAGAAACUAGUGAUUUAUAUGUCGGUUCGGGUCGAGGAAAAAACAGAGCCGUACUUUUUAGGAAUUUUCUGUGUUGAAGCGUUACUGAAGAUUUUAGCGUUAGGAUUUAUACUGCACAGCGGAGCGUACCUACGAAACGUUUGGAAUAUGAUGGACUUCGUUGUUGUUGUUACGGGGUUUGUAACGUAUAUUAUACCGGACAACUUAGACUUAGAUUUGAGAACGCUACGGGCGAUCAGGGUUCUUCGGCCCUUGAAACUAGUGUCGGGGAUACCAAGUCUACAAGUCGUCUUGAAGUCGAUCAUCAAGGCGAUGGCGCCACUCCUCCAGAUCGGAUUGUUGGUGCUAUUCGCCAUUGUCAUCUUCGCCAUAAUCGGUCUGGAGUUCUACAGUGGUGCACUUCAUAAAACCUGUUACAGCCUUGAAGAUCCGGGUGAGAUUGUUCCUGAAGGGGAUCAGGAAACACCGUGCUACGCCUAUACGGUAGCUUCCAACGUACCAAAUGGUGCAUUCAAAUGUGACAAUAGCAGUUCGUUCUGCAAAGAAGGCUGGAAUGGUCCUAACUACGGAAUCACGUCCUUUGACAACAUAUUCUUUGCUAUGUUGACUGUAUUUCAAUGUAUUACCAUGGAAGGAUGGACACAAAUGCUCUAUUGGACAAACGAUGCAAUGGGCAAUGCCUUCAACUGGAUCUACUUUGUGCCACUCAUUAUAUUAGGAUCGUUCUUCAUGCUCAACCUGGUUCUCGGAGUACUCAGUGGGGAGUUCGCCAAGGAAAGAGAGAGGGUCGAAAACCGUCAAGCCUUUCUCAAGAUACGCCGGCAGCAGCAACUAGAGAGGGAACUUAACGGUUAUGUGGAAUGGAUUUGUAAGGCCGAGGAGGUUAUACUGGCCGAGGAACGAACCACUGAGGAAGAAAGAAUGCAUAUCUUAGAAGCCCGUCGCAGAGCAGCCGCCAAGCGUAAGAAGUUGAAAAGUAUGCAUAGCAAGUCAACUGACGAAGAAGAAGAUGACGAAGAAGACGCGGAGGACGAAGAUUCCGAACCUGGAGAUCUAACUCCUAGGAAGGGUGUUAAGCUAAAAGGUUUCGCAAGAGCUUCUUACUUGAAAACCAAGAUGAAGAACAAAGGAGCUUGCAAAGCUUUUUGGCGCGCUGAGAAACGCUUCCGCUUCAUGAUCCGGCACGUCGUGAAGACACAGACGUUCUAUUGGAUCGUAAUCGUGCUCGUCUUUCUCAACACCGCCUGUGUGGCCGUAGAACAUCAUAAGCAGCCACAAUGGCUGACCGACUUUCUAUAUUAUGCCGAGUUCGCCUUCUUGGGCUUAUUUAUUUUCGAAAUGCUAAUUAAGGUGUAUGCGCUCGGACCGCGCAUUUAUUUCGAGUCGUCCUUCAACCGAUUCGAUUGCGUGGUCAUUGCAGGUAGCAUUUUUGAGGUGAUCUGGUCGUCCUUCAAAGAAGGAUCAUUCGGUCUCUCUGUGCUGCGCGCCUUGCGCCUGCUCCGAAUAUUCAAAUUUACAAAAUAUUGGUCGUCCCUUCGUAACCUGGUCAUAUCGCUAUUGAACUCGAUGCGAUCCAUUAUCUCGCUGCUAUUUCUGCUAUUCUUGUUCAUACUGAUUUUUGCCUUGCUCGGCAUGCAGCUGUUCGGUGGAGUCUUCAACUUCGCCGACGGCACCCCACCUGCCAAUUUUAACACGUUUCCAAUCGCUUUGCUCACCGUGUUUCAAAUUUUGACCGGUGAAGACUGGAAUGAAGUGAUGUACAGAGGGAUCCAGAGUCAAGGCGGGAUUAAGGGCGGCAUGAUCUAUUCGUUGUACUUUAUUAUCUUGGUACUGUUCGGCAAUUAUACCCUGCUAAACGUAUUCUUGGCCAUCGCCGUUGACAAUUUGGCCAACGCCCAGGAACUGACAGCCGCCGAGGAAGAGGACGCCGAGGAGGAACGCGAACGUGCCAAGGAGGAACUCGAGAAGGAGAUGGCUGACCUGCAACGCCAGCAACCGGCAACUACCGGCGGACACGAUCCACCGCAAGUCAACAUUUGUCCGCCAUCACCCUCUCAGAACUCCGCCUCUACACCGGCAAAGGCGAAAAACUUCAGCUUUGACAAAGAUGGAUCAGCUGAAGCUUCAAGUGUGAGCCUCAGGGCUUCCAGGAGUAUUGAAAAUGAGGAAGACGAGGACGAGGAGCCAAGUGGCCCAAAGCCGAUGCUGCCCUACUCAUCGAUGUUUAUUUGUUCCCCGACAAAUCCCAUACGGCGAGCGGCUCACUUUGUGGUGAACUUGCGAUAUUUCGAUCUGUUCAUCAUGGUAACGAUCUCGAUGAGCUCAAUUGCCCUUGCGGCCGAAGACCCAGUCGACGAAGAAUCGGCAUCGAAUACAAUCCUUAACUAUUUUGAUUACGCAUUCACGGGCGUAUUUACUGUAGAGAUGAUUCUCAAAGUGUUGGACCAGGGGGUGAUCUUGCAUCCGGGCUCGUAUUGUCGAGACCCGUGGAACAUUCUUGAUGCUAUCGUCGUCAUAUGCGCACUUAUUGCAUUCGCGUUUGCCGGGAGUUCAACCGGACAGAAUUUGAGUACGAUCAAAUCACUCCGAGUCCUGAGAGUUUUGCGACCGUUAAAAACAAUUAAACGAGUGCCUAAACUGAAGGCUGUAUUCGAUUGCGUUGUGACUUCACUAAAAAACGUAUUCAAUAUACUCAUUGUGUACAUUCUCUUCCAAUUCAUCUUCGCCGUAAUCGCCGUGCAGCUGUUCAACGGCAAAUUCUACUUCUGCUCGGACCACUCAAUGCUCUUUGAGCGAGACUGCCAGGGAGAAUAUUUUCAGUAUAACGAUGCACGGAAGCCCCCGAAGGUAAUGAAACGCCACUGGAAACGACAGGAUUUUCAUUACGAUGACAUAUCGGCUGCUAUGCUAACACUGUUCACAGUGCAAACCGGCGAAGGUUGGCCACAGGUACUACAAAACUCGAUGGACUCGACGGACGAGGACAAAGGCCCUGUGCCUCGAUAUCGAAUUGAGAUGUCCCUAUUCUAUAUCGUAUUUUUCAUCGUAUUUCCGUUCUUUUUUGUGAACAUAUUCGUUGCAUUGAUCAUUAUCACGUUCCAAGAGCAGGGUGAAAAAGAACUCGAAGAAGGAGAACUGGAUAAGAACCAGAAAUCGUGUAUCGACUUUGCUAUUCAGGCAAAGCCUCUACAACGGUAUAUGCCUAAGAACAAGGACAGCGUUAAAUAUAAAGUAUGGAAAGUUGUUGUUUCGACACCGUUCGAAUAUUUCAUCCUAGCCCUGAUUGUCCUCAAUACCGUCCUUCUCAUGAUGAAAUUCCACAACCAGCACCCCCAACUCACGAGGGUCCUACAUUACCUAAAUGCUACGUUCACUGGCUUAUUCACGGUUGAGUCCAUUCUAAAGCUGGUUGCGUUCGGAGUAAGGAAUUUCUUCAAGGAUUCGUGGAACACCUUCGACUCGAUAACCGUAAUAGGCUCGAUUAUUGAUGUGCUAGUAGUCGAAUAUGGGAUUAGCUUCUUCAACGUAGGAUUCCUCCGCUUGUUCCGAGCAGCCCGUCUCAUCAAGCUUUUGAGACAGGGAUACACUAUUCGGAUUCUACUGUGGACCUUUAUACAAUCUUUUAAGGCUCUACCAUAUGUGUGCCUACUGAUUGCAAUGUUAUUCUUCAUCUAUGCCAUCAUCGGCAUGCAAGUUUUCGGUAACAUCCAGCUAGCAUCCGACUCCCAAAUUACACGGCAUAAUAACUUCCGGAACUUUUUUCAAGGACUCAUGUUGUUAUUCAGAUGCGCUACGGGCGAAGCAUGGCAGGGUAUCAUGCUGGCAUGCAUUAAAGGACGUCCAUGCGACCCGCAAAGUCGGAAAACGACCAACGACUGUGGAUCGAAUCUCGCUUACGCCUACUUCGUAUCGUUUAUUUUUUUUUGCUCGUUUUUGAUGCUGAAUCUAUUCGUGGCUGUGAUCAUGGACAACUUCGAUUACUUGACAAGAGACUCGUCUAUUCUCGGAGCCCAUCACCUCGACGAGUUCAUUCGAGUGUGGGCCGAGUACGAUCCAAAUGCCACGGGUUACAUUCACUACGGUGAAAUGUAUGAUAUGCUACGGAAUAUGGACCCACCACUUGGUUUUGGAAACAAAUGUCCGUACCGCCUUGCAUACAAAAAACUUAUUCGGAUGAAUAUGCCGCUAACGGAGGAUGGCAAGGUCAACUUUACCUCAACGCUGUUUGCGUUGAUCCGUGAAAACCUGUCAAUCAAAAUGCGACCGGCCGAAGAGAUGGACCAAGCCGAUAAGGAGCUCAGGGUGACCAUCCAGAAGCUGUGGCCCCUGCAGGCCAAGAAGGUGACCGACAAGUUUAUUCCCCCUGACUCGGAGCUGCGUACUGGAAAACUCACAGUAGGCAAGAUAUACGGCGGUCUGCUUAUUUUAGAAAAUUGGAAAGGCACCAGAUUCGGGCAGAUUCCUGGUGCAUUAGGCGCGGACGAAACGUUACCACAGCCAUCUUCUCCUGACUCCGCCGCGCGGCCUUCCUUUUUUCAACGAAUUAUGGGCGCUGUGCGAAACACCAACACUCGUGUUUCGCACGGGAGCCUUGAGGGUCCGGGUUCGGACCCUGACGCGGAAGGAAGAUUCGCCGAUGGAGAACAUGGUCACGGGCUGAGCCAUGGCCAUGGAGGUCACAAUGCCCUGACGCAUUUGCGUGGGGUAACCCCCUCAGUCCACGGUCAGCCCGUAUUCCAUUCCAGCCAUAACGGAUCUGCAGAGCACUCGGCAACACACAGCAACGAUUUGCAUCUAGUCUUUCCGCUCAGUCAUCAUGGACAAUUCGGCGCUCAUCGUGCGAGCCUUAGCAUCGACACGCAAGCAGGAAUGUCAAGUGAUAAACAGUGGAAUCGAUCGCUCAGUUUCCUAAGACGUGGUAGCAGUCGCCGAAAACGUAGAAUGAGCAUAAUCCAAGCCGCCAUGCAGGUGGAACAAAUGGAAGCCGAAGCCGCGCGGCAACGGCCGAGCCAUAUCGCUCAGAGCAGCCAUCACGGACAGCAGUCAGAUAUGUGCAAAGGCACAGUGAUGUCAGGUAAUGACACCAUAUUUAUAGGUUCAGAAUCAGGUUGUUCACACGGGGGACCUUCAAGUCACCUACACCCGGAAUUCGGUGUGAGAGGCAGGUCCCCGUCGCCGCGUCGCCGUGGCUCGUUGUCGCCUCCAGAACAGCGCCUAGAUGGACGUCGGUCCCCUUACUUGCGAAGACGAUCUCCUUCGCCCUCGCCGAGGAGGGGUUUAGCGGACGCAGUUAGCGAUGUCGUCGACAUGGUUAAAUAUGAGACCUCUCGAAAGGGACGAGCUAAAGCGCGAUUGCACGGAGAUGAGUACUUCUCGUCGCCGCACCGCUUCGAGAGAUCGCCUAGUCGAUAUCGUCAUAGCCAACGGUAUCAGGGCUAUCAACUUACAAGUAGACAUGCAAGCCCAGAAUAUAAAACCACCUCGCUCAGUCGGCGAUCUAGAUCUCCAUCGCCCAGCAGUCAACGUUCCUCUCAGCACCCCGCAUCGACGUCACAUCCUCAUAGGCAACAACACUGUAGAACUCCCACCCACAGCGAGUAUUAUGGCACCACCCAGCUCGAGCAACGUUCGCGCUCUCCUAGUCCCGCAACGUCUGCCCAGAGCCUUCCAGUGGCGGCAGUAGGUAGCAGGCGAGGCCGCCGUGGAGGCGGUCGUCGCCUGCCUCCUACGCCCAACAAACCGUCCACUCUGCUUCUGCUCCAAUCAGGCAAUAUGCCCUUUGUUGCUAACUCGCCAACACUGACUCAGUACGAGUGCGGGACGAUCAAUUUUCCGCAUGUCAGUGCAUCACCAACCCACUCAACGCCGUCGCACGUUACCUCGUGGAGUCGUCAUCCACAUACGAUAGCUCAUCCGGCACAUCUACAACAACAGCAGCAGCAUUUGUCACCGCUUUUACAAGAGCAGGUGGCCGGACUCGCAGCUCACGCCGGCUACGGAUCGCAGCAGCCGCCGUUCUACAGGGACCUUAGGCACCCUCCGAGACAACUGCAGUCGCCAAUGCAGCAGCUACCGAAUGGUUACAAGCCAGGUGACCCAUUGGGAGCCAUCGAUGGUGGGCCUUGGGGUGGUCCACCAAAACCAAGAGAUACCAUAAUUGCUGUGCGUACCCCUCACGACUAUUCAGGUUCUGAUGAUGAGUGGUGCUGACGCGAGGAGAAGCUCGAAGAGCUUCAAGAAGCCCUUGGUGAAAAAGAUUUAAGUGAUGGUGAUACAGAAAAAAUGACUCCACUACAUGGGCAGCCCCUCGUUGAUCAAACUCAAAGUGAAGCGGUCCCUAUUUUCGUACCUCAGCGAACAUCAACGCGAUCAUCGUUGUCGCAUUGGGAUGAUCUCGAAGGCCCGUCAACGGCCAACACUUAAUUCAUCUAUAAUUAACGAUUGAGAGCGAAUCCACGUAAUCUAUUGAACGCAAGCAAUCCUUUGGCUACAGCCAUCGUCGCCUACUAACCAGACACUCAGCCAGCUGGUUUUACGAUCAGCAUCGGUAUCACUAUCAAUAUAUAAUAAAUGCAAUUGAGAUUAGUUCAGUUAUGAACUUUGCCAUUUACCGAAGGACACGAACAACCAAGGAUACUUACCUGUUAAAAUUUCAUCAUCAGUGGGGAAUACUAUCGGUUCAACUCGAGCUGAACGCCAGCUAGCUCGAAAAGCCGGCCCCUCGAAGGACAAAAUCCCGCCCUCGCCUCUCCUAGCUAAUGUAUAAACAUAAAUUAUAAACGUCUGAUCUUUUAAGUAAUCCGCACGCCUACCAAUGUUUACCUUAACGUGAAAACCGUAGUAUAAACCCCAAUCAUUGUACACUUUCGUAAGAGGAUUACGAAUCGAUUCACGCAUGUGUAAACACACACAUAUCCAUAUUCAUUUAUAGCGUCAACCUUACGCAAAGCUGUCUUAAAAACAACUAUCCGAGUUCUGAGUACACCAGAUGAAUAAUAAAAACACACUGAGAGGUGUCAAACCCUCUCAGAGGCAAAUGCGUUUAGCAUAGAAGCCUCAUAUAUUUACUUCUACCCCCCCCCCUCCCUCCCCCUCCCCUUUCAUUAUUACUAUCUAUCAUCUCAAUGUAAACAUACAUUCGCAGCUACAGAAGAGCAAGAAAUUCAUUUUAUGUAAUGGCCCCAUAAGUGCGUUAGCUAAAGAAAGUAUACCAUUACGUAAAGUAUUAAACUCCCAAAGAUCGCUACCAUGAUUUUUAUUUAAAGUUAAUCCAAGAAGCGACACAAAGCAAGAUUUCGCUGUCUGUUAAUAGUUUGCCUUAAAAAAAUUCAAACAGCCCUGUCAUUACAUAGAAAAACACGGAUUACAGAGACUCAAUACCCCAUUGUUAUGCACAAUAUUUUCCUCGAAUGCUCGGCCAUGAUCAAGUCGACCUGCAACGAACGUGUCCGAUUGCGGCCUUAGUUCCGGUAAUUGAACACAGAGUAAGAUUUGAUAGUCAGCGGCAUAGGUCAUACACGAAGUCGACAGGUAAAGAUUUCGAAGUUUGGAAAACGAGUGUACAAUUGUUUAAUCUUGGGAAUUUCUAGUAUAAAUGUCAAUAUGGACAUUCAGAUUUUUUUUUCUUUUGGAAUUGUUCUUUUCUUUAAAUAGGCUAUUACUAUGGCCUCAAACACUUUGAUGUGACCUAGUUUGCUGCUGUCCUAGCCACGCUCUGGCUAGCGUCGCCAUCAGCGUCUAACAGCAUCUGAACGCAGGAGCGCACUGUGGCGGCAUUUUUCUAUAUGCGAGCGCUCUACCGGCAACUGAAACAAAUUCACACCGGCUUGGUGUAGCGUAAAGGGGACUCUAUAUCGGACAUGAAUCAUGGCUGGACAUUCGUCUUUAACUUUUCUAUCUAUCUCGAUAAUUUGUAGGUUGAACUGCCGUAUUCGGGCAAGCUUGCCACUCAUGACAAUAUCAGAACGUAUUAAGAUAUAAUAAAUUCGAAAAGGCAAAUGAACUACAAUUGAGCUACCAACAACAGCAUCAAGAGCUACGACGAGACAUACACACACAUCUAUAUAUAUAUAUAUAUGACAACAUCGCUUUAACAACACGAUAUCAGAAAAAUUAAAUGAAAAACAUAUCAAAAAAGCAGAGGCGUCUCGUAUUUUGAAACAAAAAAAAAAAAAGCCAGACGUUGAUAGACGCAAUUCUACGAGCAACAAUGGCAACUACGAUAACAACUUUAUGUAUUCCAGAUUCGACCAGAUGUAAUAUGAACAGGUACAUAAUCGGAAACGGAACACUAUUAAAACUAAACAACUAGAGGCUUAGGCACAAUCUGUUUUUGGAUAAGAUACCAUAUCUAAUAGCAGACAAAAUACCUCCCAAAGAGCCGAAAUCUAUGAUUCUAAGAUAGCUUAACUAAACUAACAAAUAUGUAUAGAACGUGUGGUACUGUAGUACCAGCAUGUAAUUAGCUACAACCAGAUACAUAAUCCAAUCUUAUGGUACCUUAAAUAAUGAUGUCUAGAUAAUGGCAAGAUCCGUUCGUUAGAACUGAUACACUGAUAAUAAUAGUAACUUUUCGUUCAUCUAUCUAUAAGGUAAUUUAUCAUAAUGAAAACAGUUUGCUAGAAAAUACGGCUGUUCGCAAGCUCUCCAGUUACCGAUCGUCGCUUCAUCGGCAUCGCAAUGUUCUGUGCUAGAUCUUUUUCCCUUGCUAGACCCUAAAUGUGACAGCCGUCCGUCCGUCCGUCCGUUCGUAGUCUAUGAUACUGAAUUUUAAUACGUGUCUCCGAAUGAGAUAUUGCUAUAUUCGUAUUCGGCGCUACCAACUGUAAAUUCAACCCUACGGAUGCCUACGUGCAACUGCGUGCAUACGAUGAAUCUGAGCUAAAAGCUUACAACUAUAACAUUACGAUGUCGAAGAACCAACGAUAAACGGAAAUUUCUGGACACCAUCAACGCCGACCACUUUUCGACUGCUUUCGUGUUUUUCUUAUUCUAUUUUAUUGUUGAUAACAGCGUAACCUCUAUCAAUCUCUCUCUUUGUCCUUCUGUUGACGUAAUGAAUCAUGAAUUGAUCUUGUCUCUAUCUCGAACUACUGUGAUGCCAACAAUAUCUUCUACUGUGUGAUCUUUUUGUAUGUUAUUCAUGGUUCCGUUUACCCAGUUGGUGUUCAACCGUGAACGCACGCGUCCGUGUACUCCCGCGUACAUGGUCGCUUGCAAAUGCCUAUUCGAUACAAAUUACGUAGGAUUGUUGGCAUAAAAAUACCUUUUAUCUUUCAUUCGAUAACUGUACAUCGACGGCAAAAAUAUUACUUCCAUUGAUCGAUACUUUCGAUGUCCUUACCACAGUAACCAAGCUAUCUAUCAUAGCGUUGCAUGUACGACGUUCUGUAAUUAACAAUCAACCACUGUUACAAAUACUUGUGUCACUAGACUAAAUCACUAAUCGAAUCUAUCGAUGAUAUCUGCCCGAACUUUUUUCCGUUGCCUAUAACGACAUACAAGAGAUUCUACCGUUAACGCUAAAAGCAUCACCUUGAUUCAUCAUGUCGCAAGCAAUGUAGCAACAAGUAAACAUAAAGCCAUCAUUCCUAUUCGACGUAAAAGGAACGUCUGACUAGGCCAACACUGACAAGUAAAGAGCGACUCACAAACCCACAGAAACGUAAGCAUUACACCCAAAAGUAACAUCAUCGGUACCGAACAUUCAAUCCAUCUUUUAACCAAUCGAACGUAACCAACAUCUUUAUAUAUAUAUAUAAUAUAUCUCGCUUUUAACGUAAAAUCUCUUCACUACCUAAGACUGGCAAGAAUAAAUGCAAUAACAUAUGAUACGUAAUGCAUCAUUACGACGAACGAUAACCAAAAAAAAGUAACAACUAAAUCAGAUAGAUACGAGCACGAUUUAUCCAUCCAAUGACGACGAUAGAAACACAGAACAUCGACUCAUUGAACACAAGAUCGACCAUAAAAGCCAAACAGCCAUAAAAAAAAAAGCAACGAUAACAGGCAGCACUUGAACAGCGUAAGAGGCGCAAUACUAAAAUAACAGCUAUCCUACAUGUCGGUUGGUCGGUUCAUGCAUCGGCCUUACUGCAUGACAAUAUGUAACAACAGAACGUGACAACGCACGAGAAAACAAGUCUUUUGUUCCUUUAGUGAGUCUCUGUUUGAGAAACCGCUCAGCGUAAAGAACAAAAGCACGACAGUAAUGAAACAUAAACAUGUACACAAAUAUGUCCACCAAGCAACGGCCGACUGAACAAAUGAAGAUAAACGAAUAUUCAUAUCAUGAGAAUGCAGGUCCCCCGGAGGUCAGGGUGAAGGCUGACUGGCCGGUGGGAUCCAGAUCACCUCGCGUCCAACACUAGAUAUCCACACAACGGUAUUCAUUUAGCCCACUUAGCCAGCCCACGAAUGGGGGAAAAAUAUAAAAAGCGAAUCCCUGUCGGUUAUGAUGGUGAGAACAAACAUCACCAUUACAAGAACGAUGGGUAGAUUUAUAUUUUGUGACCACCAGUUUACAUAUAUAGAUAUACGCAUGCGUACGUGUGAGUAUAUCUGUGUAUGCGUACGGCAACGGCCUGCCUACUACUAUUUAUAAUUACAGGAGCAGUUAAUAUAAUUAUAGUGCUAUUGCUGCUACUGUAGCCAUUAUGGGUCAACAGCUAUAGCAACAACUACUAAAUUCAGUAUAAAGUAUCACUGAAAAAAACAAACGUGAGCAAAAAUCCAACGAUACCACUAAGAAAUCAUUAUAAUUAUAUAUGAUAGUCUUGAAUAAUAUACCAAAGCCUGAUGAUGACGCAAUCAACGAAGUCCCUCGGAUAACAUUUAGCCGCUGCGACCCUUUUAUUGAGAAAUAGGCGCAACAACUAUUGGCCAGCAUUACCUAGAAUAAUCCCGAUCAUAGAACUAACACUAGCCAGUGGAAGAGUCGUGUAUCAAGCUUGUCACUAUCUGAUUGCACGAGCCUUGUUUUGGAGACAUUUAAGGACUAUAUUGGAAACAAGAGAGUCGAUUGCAAAAGGUAAACGACAUUAUAAAACAACGUAAAGGACAAUAAUAAACAUGAUAAUAAGAAUAAUUUAUUUAGUAAGCGAGUACAAAAUACACCUAUAGUAAUACUAAUUGCCUGCUAAGAAACACCUUUUCUGGGACCGGUGCGGGCUAGUUUUUUACGAUAAACUUUAGACGGGUGUAUCGUAUAGGGAGAUGCGUCACGUCGAACCAAAACGUAGACACGCACGCACGCACGCACGACCACGCAGAGCCCGAAAGUUCGCUCAUGUGCAUACUACAAAAGUUAGGUUACUUGUCCUUGCUAUCUACUUAGUUUGACUAAACGGAAGAGACGAUAGGAUACUGCCAUGUGAGACUGAGCAUUGUUCGUCAGCCGAUUGGCACGUAGAACAUGCUAGCACGAACCGGUGCACGAUAGGAAUAGGCGGAAGGAGCUCGUCAGGCGAGCCUCGUCAAUCCCAAGUGUGGGACGCUGCAGUGACUUUUCUUUGCAAAGACAGAAAUGGCAUUGACUGCACUCGUAUCCGUGUAUGCUUGUCGGUGUGCGUGCGCUGAAAAUGCUACGUACGAGAGGUAUGCAUGUAGCAGUGUUUAACAACCGAUAAGCUCGAUCAUUAUUUCUCUAGAUUUCAGAAAAAGUCUAUAAAAAAAAAUAAAAUUGUGUGUAAAAGAAAAGCAUGCAUAUUGCAGGGUUAUCAAUGGAAAGCGUUCUAAGAAACAUAUGCGAUCACACACACGUACGGAAAAGGCUGCAGGGGAAGGCGUAUAAAAGCAAGAAGAAUUAGAUCAGCUUAAUACAUAUAGCACAUAAAGGCGGAAACAAGUGUUGUUUAUCAAAAUGAAUGUACAUUUUACUGGAAAGGUUACCUAAGUAAAAAACAAACGACAAAGCAAAUCAACAAACAGGAAAGAGGAGAGCAGCAAGCAGGCAGUCGAAAAAUUGCAUUAAUGGGUCGUCCUCGUUAAUGUGUACAGUAUAAAUUCUAAGCUGUUUUCGUAUAUUACUUGGAUGGUUAUUAUCAUGAUAUAUAAUCAUUACUACGAAUCGUCGUACCGUAUUUAACAGAUAUAUGCUGUGAUAUUCUGCUCCGUAAAAAACCAGUUGAAGUAACAGUAAAUUAUUUUAUUGCGAAUCAUUGCAUCGCACGGAACGCAUAGCUAAUUUUUAAUAACAUUUACGCCGACAGCGGUCAAAUACGUGCGGGCAUACAGUGGCGUCAUGCGUCACAAGUUACACAUAAGUGUCAUAAAAAGUAAAUAAAUGGCACAAAAGUAGUUAUGAUAAUUAAAAAAAAAAAGAAGUUUCAAAUGAGUACAGCUGGAAAGUAUACAUCUAAUAAGUAUGUAAAGGCAUUGUGUCACAGUACGAAAGCAUAUAUAUUGAGAGUGAACAGGACACUGUAAAAUUGUACGGUCAGCGCACUAACGCACGGUUCGAUCAAUUACCGUAAGGUAUUUGUUAUUUGCAUCGAAAGGUGUGUAUCCUAUAGCACAAAAUUCGUAUAACUUAUAAUAGCAUGCAUAUUGAGACGUCUUAGUACAGAUAUAGGUACUAAUGGGUAACAAAUUGCUGACGGAAUUUAUGAUACAUAAUUUAGAAACUAGGUGAAAGACAAAAGAAACUUGGUAGAAAUACAUUGGAGGUGCGCGUGUGUAUUUGUGACGUUCAUUGCGCAAUAGAUGCUAAGUAAAUAUGAGGUAUUGUAAUAGGGCGGGACUAUUUACUAACAUCUGAAUUUAAGGUCGAACAGAGGCUGACAGCGCAAGAUAAGUAAAUAUAUCCAAUGUCUCGUUUCCCUAGCGCAGUCUGUCAAGGAUCGAAACACCUUCCCUUCGGAUAAUUAUUUUACUACUAAACACGUCUUGCUGUAGGCCUGUCUUGCAGGACUUAGGCUGGAUGGCCUUCUCAUAACAACCAUUCGAGCUGCAGCGCACAACGUAUCGCUUCGUUCGGAAACGUACAGCUCUAACAACAAAGCUGUCUAAACGAGACGAACAUCUACUUAAGAGGGCAAAGUCCAAAUGAUGUUUCCGCCUUGAACGAAAGCCAGGUUGUAAAAUACCGCCGUUAAGAGUGAGGCUAAACGCAGAGCGGCACUAUAGAGGCCUAAGCCCCGGUUCGAAAAAACAAAGGGAACAAAUUCAACUCUCUACGAUUUAUCAUCACAAGAUCGCCUUGCCUUCGUUAACCACUAUACGAUUCCAAGAUAUAACAACCUGAUUUUUAAAUACAAUGAACGCUAACAUUGUCAGAUCACUGACAUUCUCUCUGAAGCAAAAUGAUUUAACUGGCUCUUCUCGAACAGCGCCAAUAAAAUAGAAUCGCAAUUAUCGCCAAAAACGGACGAGUACUGCGAUCGAAUCAAUCAUAGCUACCGCAGAAGAACUUAAUACUGUAUCCCUAUAUACAUAUAAGAGUGCAGACUGCUAUUACUACUACAAGCUACACAAACAGAUGCAGACAUACGUAUCGAUGCAAAGAUACCACAAAAGCGAAGCGUCAACAGGAUACGAUAUUCUGUUAUCCGAGGAGCCGAGCUAUAUCCGGGAUCGGACUUUUCGUCCUUAAACCCUGUCCUCAAGUUUCUGUUGCGAGUGGCCAAAUGUGCCAAAGUCGAUCCCCAUAAAAGCUCCUGACCCCGCAGUAAAAUUGCCCUGAUCAGCCGUAGGAGAAGUCUUCGACAUCCAUAAGCCAGCUAAAAUUCUGGUGAAGAUUAGUAAGUAUGUAACGGAUGCAACAAACGAACUCGAAUGAAAAAGCAAUUUGAUGAUCACUACAGGAAUCAUGGUAGAGAAAAAUCGAUUUGUGGUUAAUCGCUUAACAAUAGCUAGUUUAUUUGUUCAUUAUACACAUCUGUAUAUGUUUUUAUGAGAUAUGGUUAUUACUAUUCUACAAUAAUUGAGACUGAUUGCUACAAUGCAUUGGAUGCCUCGUGAAUGAUACGAACUCAUGCCUGUUGUUAAUAAGAUUAGAUCAAUGAUUCUACUAUUAGUAAGACCACUAAUGUCACCAUGAACUUGCGAAAGUCUGCGAGGAAAUGGAC